UCCACCCGACUUCCCCUCGCUCCCGCACUCCCAGUCACGCCGCAACCCCCAGCGACGCUGCACUCCCUCCCCCGCAAUCUCCGAUCUCAAUCCAGCUCCCCUCCCUAUCGCCUUCAAGCUCACGCCACUCCCUCCUUGCCGCCGUGCGACGGGCGCCGUGCGCCGGACACAUACCAUUCACAGCGACUCCCGUUGCUCCCUCGCCGUCGCGACACACCGCCCGCACCAUAGCGCCGCCCACAGCUCGCUCUCGGAGCUGCUCCACCCACCGGACGCGCCGGCUCCCAGAGCUGCUCCGCCCCGAUGCUGCUGGACGCGCCACUGCCUACAGGACCUGCGCCGCCGCAGCAUCUGGCACCACAUCCACGCAGAUGCCGUCAUGCCUCCUCCACGACAUGCCCUGCUUGCCCUCAUCGUCAACGUCGUUGUCACGAGCCACAGCCAGCCUAGCAAUGGCGGCGGCGAACUUGCUCUCGGGCUCCCUUCUCCCAACUCCCCACUCCAAACCCUACCCAAACCAACCACCUGAACCACCAAAGUCCCGCAGCCCCUUCUAUCUCUUUAGAAAGCAUCAGAUCCUCCGCAACUUCGCUGCCUACCACAACGCUCUCCAGGGGCUCUGCUCCAUUGUUGGGUAUGUCAGCCAUGACGGUAAACAAGAAGCUCUCCAUGGUACAGCGUCAAUAAGCUAUGACUCACCCUCCACAUGGGAUUCGACCCUGCUAGGGAUCGGACAAACACAGAAGCAAUACUAUGUCUAGAAGGCAUCUGCUGGUCGCUUGUGAGGCAUGAAGUGGUAAUCCUUGAAAAUAAUUUCUCAACCUUGGUGUACGAGCUCCAGGGUCUAGGCAUCGUUGUUUGGUCAUUUUGUGGUCGCGCCACUAAUCCGAGACACAAUAAGAAGGUUGUCAUCUAAGUUGUGAAUUCGUCACAAUAGGUAGGAUACGAAACAAGGUUCUGCAUGAGCUUGCCCAUUCUAGCUAUAAGGGCUGAGAUGGAAUUGUACAACCCAAGAUCAAACAUAAAAAUACCAUGACAUUAUUCUGUUCAUGUUGCAAUGUAUGUUAUGGUAUUAUUUUGCUCUCGUUACAAUACACAAGCAUUUGUAAUGACAUGAA